UUCUUGCCUUUCCUUUCUUUGCACUCGAUCUUCUCCUCUUCUUGUUGUUGUUGUUGUUUUGUUUUUAAAAAAGAAAGAAAUAAAAAUAAAAAUUUUAUCUUUCUCUAUUGAAAUCUAUUAUUCUUCGAAUACAGGAACCUUCCCUUUCCCUUUCUUGUUUAUAAAAAAUAAACCCCAAAACAGUUUUUUAUUUUUAUUUUAAUCUUGUGUUUUCCUUGUUUUCUGUUUUCUUUUCAUGUUCGCAUGGCCGGUUUGGAUUUAGGGACAUCUUCUCGCUACGUUCAGCUUCAUAGACCCGAUCUUCACCUUCAACAUCAACCUGAGCCUGAAGACCACGACCACAACAACAAUCGAGUUGGUUCGGGAGCCGGCGGCGAUCAGUAUCACAACAACGACGGCGUUGAUCAUCAAGGGCUUGACCUCGUUGGCGCAGUGAGCUCGGGCCAUGGAGACCUUAUGGCUCGUCGGCCCAGAGGUCGUCCUCCGGGUUCGAAAAACAAACUGAAACCUCCCGUUAUAAUCACUCGGGAGAGCGCCAACACUCUUCGAGCCCACAUUCUUGAGGUGGGGAAUGGGUGCGAUGUGUUUGACUGUGUGGCGAACUACGCCCGGAGAAGGCAGCGGGGAAUCUGUGUGCUCAGUGGAAGCGGAACGGUCACUAACGUGAGUAUAAGACAACCAGCGGCAGCUGGAGCAGUAGUGACUCUUCAUGGAAGAUUCGAAAUUUUAUCUCUUUCUGGGUCUUUUCUUCCACCACCGGCUCCUCCAGGUGCAACGAGCUUGACAAUCUUUUUGGCUGGAGGUCAAGGACAAGUUGUUGGUGGUAGCGUGGUGGGGGAGCUCACGGCGGCGGGGCCUGUGAUUGUAAUUGCAGCGUCUUUUACAAAUGUGGCGUAUGAGAGGCUACCGUUGGAUGAGGAUGAGCAGUUGCAGAUGCAGAGUAGUGGUGGCGGCGGUGGAGGCGGGAAUAACUUGUUUGCAGAUGCAGGUGCGGCGGGGCCGGCUUCUGGGGGUCUCCCGUUCUUUAAUUUGCCUCUAAAUAUGCCUCCAAAUGUGCAAUUGCCGGUGGAUGGAUGGGCAGGAAACGCAGGCGUCAGGCCUCCGUUUUGAUGAAAACGAAUUAGCGGUAAAAUUACUUGACUUAAUAUGAUCUAUGGAUGUGAAAUUGAUUCUAGCUGUGUUGGAGCACUGCUUUACAUUGGGUGAGCGAGUUGGAUUCUUGGAUAAGAAAAAAGGUCAGAGAUUUAUGUACUAUUAUCCUCAGCUUUGUUUCUUGUUACUUCUUCUCCUUCUUGUUCAUGUUAAUUUUAGGGCUUUUUUUUCGUUGUUACUUUCUUCUCUUCUUCUUGGCUUUUUGAACUGUACUGAUUAUGGAAAUAGUCUUCUUGUUAAUGGUGGAAUUCUCUUCUCUCUUAUAAGAAAUCAAUCGUUUGAGGAUAUAACCUUAUUAUGUUUACAAACUGAGAUUCUCUUUAUCAAUCAACUAGGGUUUCAUU